CCCGAAUUUCAUAAUUUUACAUCGAUAAAGAUAUAACCGUUAAUCGCAGUUGUCCAUAAUUUUUUUUGCAAAUGCCUAUUCUCCCUCGCUUUUCAAAUCUCACGGUGGUACUGAAGGAUGGGGUGGCACUGCUUAAGUACGAUCGACCUAAAGCGGGAAAUGCUCUCAAUGUUCCACUGAUCAAGGACAUAUUAGCCGGACUAAAAUGGGCAGAUAAUGAAGAUCUGGUCAAGGUUGUCUUGCAAACCGGAGAAGGAAGGAACUUCACUGCCGGACUCGAUUUGCGGGACAAGUCAGUUGGUGGACCAGAUACAGUCAUUAGUGAUGAGUUUCUGGACGCAAUCAAGGAACUCCACGAGACUAUGAUUAAUUCCAACAAAAUCCUUGUUACUGCUGUCAAUGGGCCGGCUCCCGGCUGGGGGACCAGCAGCCUUGGCUUGGCUGACCUUGUUUACGCCUCACCAGAUGCGGUUUUCUUCACUCCAUUUGUCCAAUUAGGAAUUUGUGCCGAAGCUUGCUCAAGUAUAACCUUCGCCAAAAUCAUGGGCCAUCAAAAGGCCGCCUCAUUGCUCCUUGCAGGAGAUAGAAUGACGGCGAGCGAGCUCGAAAGUGCGGGUCUAGUAAACAAGACUAUUCCUCAAGAAAAUUUUCUUGAGGAUGUUCUUAACAUCUGCUACAGAAUCGCAAAACUGCCAUCUGAGGCUUUGAAAUUCAAUAAGGGUCUUUUGAUGCGAAAUUCCCGACAGGAGUUACUUGAAGCAAACGAAAUUGAGCUGAACUUCUUGAGAGAGAGAGCUCGAAGCCAGGAAGCCAGGUUGGCUGUCAACAACUUUCUCCUGGAUCAGCAACUUAAACGAGAUCAGCGGGCUCAGGCUAGGCUGUAGGCCUCACAAACACCCCUUAGUUUGUGAAACCUACAUCUCGAAGUACUCCGGUUUAGACUGCUGAAACCAGCAGUUUUGGUCGCUAUACACGGUGAGAUUCGUGUAGAAGAUAAGGGGGAAUAGAUCGAAAUUUGAGGCGGCAUCAAAACCCGUGCAUGAUGCUCUGCCGUAAGUAGUUAUUUCGGGCAUGUCAGGUCUCAGGCUGACAUGAGUCAUUUGCAU